AUGGAGAUGAAGGAAGAUGAGUUGCUUCGGCCAGUUAGCCCUAUUGCCCAGCACAUGAACAGCUCAGUACUAUCCGUUUCUAUUAUUGGUGUUUUGGAAUUUGAAAUGGCCAUUGAUGAACUCAAAUUUAUGUCCUUCCCUAACCAUCUCAUCCGUCUCAACCCGCUCUUUACGUCUAUUAUGGUGAAGGACGUAAAUGGAGAGAGAAAAUGGAAGAAAGUUGAACUAAACAUUGAAGAGCAUAUUAUUGUGCAUACUCCACCCUCAAACUUGUCACUUCAACUCUUCGAUGCUUAUUUCAAUGAAUAUAUGACCAAUUACGCUCUACAAGAGUUGUCUCAAAAUAAACCGUUGUGGGAAAUUCAUAUCAUCAACUGUCCGACCAGUAAUGCAGUUGGAAAUCUAAUUUUCAAGAUUCACCAUUCACUUGGCGAUGGCUAUUCCUUGAUGGGUGUUCUUAUUUCUACCAUGACAAGAGCACGUAAUCCUUCUCUUCCCUUGACUUUUCCUGCAAGGAAAGUUAAGUUAGAGCAAUCAGGGCACAUUCUAGGUUGCGUGUCGCAGUUUUUGUUGUCAUCUAUGAAUACUGUGUUGGAUUUUGGUGGGAACAUGAUGAAAAGCAGUGUUCUUGAAGACGACUUCACACCCAUUAGAUCUGGUCGUGAUGAUGUGGAGUUUAGGACAUUUGUAAUACGAACAAUCACAUUCUCUCUUCAUCAAAUCAAGCAAAUCAAAACCAAGCUCGGAGUGGUAUGA